AUGAUGGCUCUCGUUAUGGAACCUAUUAGCAAGUGGACGCCCAAGCAGGUAGUGGAUUGGAUGAAAGGCCUUGAUGAUUGCCUCCAACAAUACAUAAAAAAUUUUGAAAGAGAAAAGAUCAAUGGCGAACAGCUGCUACACAUCACGCAUCAAGAGCUUGAGGAGCUGGGAGUCACUCGCAUUGGCCACCAAGAACUGAUACUGGAAGCAGUUGAUCUGCUAUGUGCAUUGAAUUAUGGUUUGGAGACCGAAAACCUGAGAACUCUGUCUCACAAGCUGAACGCCUCAGCCAAAAAUCUUCAGAACUUUAUAACGGGUAGAAGGAGGAGUGGCCAUUAUGACGGCAGGGCCUCCAGACGACUGCCAAAUGAUUUUCUUACCUCUGUAGUUGACCUGAUUGGUGCUGCCAAGAACUUACUAGCCUGGCUGGACAGGUCUCCAUUUGUCAGCGUGACAGAAUACUCACUGCUGAAAAACAACAUUGUUCAACUGUGCCUGGAACUAACAACCAUUGUGCAACAGGAUUGUACAGUGUAUGAAACAGAAAAUAAAAUCCUUCAUGUGUGUAAAACCUUGUCUGGGAUUUGUGACCACAUCAUUUCGCUCUCAUCUGAUUCUCUGGUGUCACAGUCAGCACAUCUUGAGGUAGUUCAUCUCACCAGCAUUAUGCCCAGUGAGGGUUUGGGAAUGUAUAUCAAAUCAACAUAUGAUGGACUACAUGUAAUCACAGGAACAACUGAAAAUUCUCCUGCUGACCAGUGUAAGAAAAUCCAUGCUGGUGAUGAGGUCAUCCAGGUCAACCAUCAAACCGUGGUUGGCUGGCAGUUAAAGAACCUAGUAAAUGCAUUGCGGGAAGACCCAAAUGGAGUGAUUUUAACCUUGAAAAAACGCCCUCAGAAUACCCUGGUUUCUGCUCCCGCCCUUCUGAAGAAUGUGAGGUGGAAGCCUCUUGCACUUCAGCCUGUAAUUCCAACCAGUCCAACGAGCAGCUCUACAACACCAACAAGUACAAUGGGCAUAUCCUCAAAAAUGGAGAACUCUGCACUCCAGGAUGUUUUCAUUCUGUCUCCUAUGUCAGGACUUUAUGGCCCCAGGGAUGAAAUUGGAAUAAUGUCUUGUGAUGACAUCAGCAAAUUUGGAAAGUCUGGAAUGAAAGGCUCUGAGUCUCCUAGCUAUUUUCUGGAACAUGAAAGUGGGAAAUACUACACCUUAAUUGAAGGUGAAGGUCACCCUGUGAGCUCUGAGUAUGAGAGAAGCAGAGCUACAGGAGUGCGGAGAAGAGAAAAAACACCCACUCACGGGAAAACCUCUCACAAGCUCAGAGUAGUAAAGAAAACUCUGUCUGUGAAGAACACAGGAGAUUUAAGGCCUGUUUCUAUGCCUACUGAGUACAGUUGGAUAGGGGAGUCCAAAGAACAAAACAUGUACAAGAGGGAAAGCAGAGACUCUGAGAAUUCACUCCUACGGUAUCUGAGUGAUGACAAGAUACUGGUUAUCCAAGAAGAGCCUUUGACACAAAAAGACAACAAAAGGGACACAGGCCGUAGGUCGAGAAAAAAGGGCAAAACCACAAGCAGUCCAAACUACCCUAUUAGUCCAUCUGUGUUGACAUCUACUAUUAAUGUUAGGCUUGAACCUGGACAGCAAGAUGUUUUGAAUUUCUCUCUAGCAGAAAAUAAUACAGUUCCACUUUAUCAUAGAGCAGGGGACACUGUCAGUGGAGAUACAGAAAGAUAUGCAAGUUCUGCCACUGACCGUCAAGGAAGCACAUCCAUGAGGAAGUCAUUCCAUUACGCUUCCCUCAGGGUAAAAAGCAGAAAAUGGUCAAAAGGGAGCUCUCUAACAAGUGGGAGCAGAAGACGGAUUUCAUGCAAAGACUUGGGGCACGGAGAUUGCGAAGGCUGGCUAUGGAAGAAAAAGGAUGCCAAAGGUUAUUUCACACAGAAAUGGAAAAAGUACUGGUUUAUUCUGAAGGAUUCAUCCUUGUACUGGUACACAAACCAGAAUGAUGAAAAAGCAGAAGGGUUCAUUAGUUUACCUGAGUUCAGGAUAGAUAGAGCAAUUGAAUGCAGAAGAAAACAUGCCUUCAAAGCAUGCCACCCCAAAAUAAAGAGCUUCUACUUUGCAACAGACUGCCUUGAAGAAAUGAAUAGAUGGAUGAAUCGUUUGGGUCUCGCGGCAAUUGGUUACACACCUGAUGACAAGGAUAUCCAUCCAGAUGAAGCAGAUUACUGGAGUGAAAGCGACCAGGAUGACAUCGACGGCUCUUUAACCCUGAAGCAGGAAGGCUCUUCAACGCUGUGUGACACCUACCAUCGAACACCCUCAGUGAAUUCUUCAAGUCCAUUCCCUGAAGCCAAACACGGUCGACACUUUUCAAGUGAAUCAACAUAUUCUCAUUCUUCUGCUGAGGAUUCUCGACACGAUGUAGCAGGAAGCACACACUCAUCAGGAUGCAGACCUCCCUAUCCAGAAAGGCGCUCGUGGCAGGAUCUGAUAGAGACUCCGUUAACCAGUUCAGGGCUCCAUUUUCUUCAGACUGUUCCUCCCGACGCAGAGUACCUAAGUGGCCGGCCUGGAAUGUCACCAGACAAACGAAGACAAGCAACGCUACCUGUACAAAGACGUCAUAAUUAUGAGCAGGAUGGGCCUUUCCCUUUGGUGGAAUGUCAACGGGGACACAGCUCUCAUAGCAGGCCACAGAAGCAACGUAGUCAAAGCCUUCCCCGAAACAGAGAUGUCAGGGGUAAGGGACGUGUAAAGUCCAUCGAAGGAACAGAUGACAAGCUAGAAGAGAAAGUUCCUAUUAGAAGGCAUAAUAGUUUCUGUGCAGAAGAAAACAUAAAAGAAAUUGGAGAAAAUACAGAUGGCCUGCAAGAGCUAUACAGAUCUCUGGAACAAGCUAGUUUGUCGGCUUUUGGAGAGCAGCGGCCUUCCACCAAGCAGGAAUUCCGCAAGUCCUUUGUAAAGCGAUGUAACGAUCCAGUUAUCAAUGAAAAGCUUCACCACAUCAGAGUUCUCAAGAGCACUUUAAAAGCGAAGGAAGGGGACCUCACAGUUAUCAACAGCCUUCUGGAUGAUCCCAACUUAACAUCAAAGAAGUUUAAAGAUUGGAAACUAAAGAACUAUGAGUUUUUCCUGGACAUUUGUGAGUACAGUGCUGCUGUGAAAUCUCAAAAUGGAGCCUCUGAACUUGCAACCUCAGCACCGAUGCUGACCCAUACACACUCCUUCAUUGAAACUCACGUGUGA